UACCCAAUACUAGUACCAGUACCAGUCCUUAUAAUUUGAUUGAAAAUAUAUAAAUUUUAUUAAAGCUGAUCCACUUGUGUUUUACAGUGCCUCCUUCUUUUUCAUCUAACCCGUGUACGUUCAAUCUCCUUGCAAACUUUUCAACCACUUUAACAUGCGAUACUUGGAGCUACGAUGCACAUACCGGUAUGGGAAUUGUACAAGGGUACACUAUACAAUAUUGGAACGUGAAUACACCAAGUAUUGUGUACUCAGUUAUUGUAGACGAACCUCUCCAUUUGCCAGAUUAUACGGUCCUACUACCUGAAGUGUAUGUGUACUAUUCAUUCGAAGUAGUUGUGAUGGUGAACUAUGAGCACAAAGGUGCAGAUAUGACUGGGACAUCAAGCUCCUCACUUAGCAUUCCAAAAGGCAAGGUACCAGACAUUACUGCAUUUAGUUCAGCUCACAUUGUAGACAGUGGAACUAAAACGGAUAUGCGUGCCUACACAGGCCAGGACGAUGGAGACAACCUCAACGUCAUGUUUGGUAUCGGUUUAUGGGUGAACGACAGCGGGACGCAUUAUGGGGAGAAUGAGUUAGUAAAUCUAGACAACAAUGUAGAGGAUUCUAUAUUCACUUCUGGUACAACUUACGACGCAUGCGCAGCAACAACGAACGCAUUUAGAUGUUGGCUCCAAUUCCCCCCUGAUGUUGGUGUACGCAGAAUCGGUGUAAAAUACAUGUGGACAGAAUUUAAUGGUUACAUUGUUUCAGCGUCAAUGGUGUUUCUAGCAAAAGAAG